ACAAAAAGCGAAAGUUACCUUUUAAGACAUACAUAAAACCAAAAUCACAAAAAUAAUCUUAAAAUAAUACCUGCCAUUUCAUCAUACUAGCAAAACAAAACAGUAUAAGUUGUAGAAAAACAAUCGCCGAAUAAUAUUUUGUACGAAAAUAAAGAAAAAAUACAAAGAAAAUCUUUGCUUAAAACAAACGGAUAUGUAAGAAAACAUAUAGAAAAAAACAUGUCAUAAAGUUCCUAAAUGAUGUUGCGCUCAGAAAUUUGUCUUAAGGCCAAAGAAAAAGAAGGAGUAAUUAAAGAAAAAUGCAAAUGUUAAUGAAUAUUAAAGCUUAAUAUGUGUCUGUAAGUGUUGUGUGCGUGUGUGCAUUCAUAUUAAAAACUGUUGCAUAUUGAUAAUAUACAUAAAUCUUGAAUAUAUAAAAUACCAACGAUUUUUAAGAAAUAAAAAAAUUUCUAGUGAUUACAUUGUUUCAUAUAAUAUGCAUUAAAAUAUUGCAAUUACAAAAUAAUAAUUUUACUAAUAGUGUAAAAAAAUCUUUUUGAAAGAAAACACAAAUUAAAAUAGAAAUAUGUCAUGUUCUAUGCUCUAUAGACCAUCAAAUAUAGCUGUGAUUUAAAUGGACACACCGAAAAUAGACAACAAAAUAAAAUAACCAUGGCUGUGUCUACGCAUAAAACCAAUAACAUUAUCAAUUGUAGUGGUUGCCAUUUACCCUUCAACUUCAAUAACUCCGUGCCAAAAUCAUUGCCAUGCAAACACUGGUUCUGCCUGGCUUGUCUGGAGGACAUGAUUGGCAAAAGUGACGAUUUUGCCCAUUUCGAUUGUGCCAACUGCCAGCAAACCAUUGACAUUGAAGGCUUAAAUAAGACUUUGGAAAUUUUGCCAACAAAUUGCGAUAGCAUUGAAUCUCAGAUGUCCUCCAACAGCGUGGGCAGUUCGGCUUCGGUAGCCUCAGAUAAUUCAUUAGGUUGUACACUCUUCUACAAUGGAAACGGUCACCACUCGAAUAAUCAUAAUGGUCAUCUCAAUAUGAUAAGUGGAGGAAGUGGGGGAGGUGGUGGCGUAUCGAGUUCCAAUAGAAAUGAGACUUGCCCAAAAGUUUCCCAUUUCGAACAAAUGUCACCUGGAGAGAAUUGCAUUGUCCAUGGCAUGCCAAAUACCCUAUGGUGUAAUACCUGCGAUCUGGCUUUGUGUCGUGGUUGUAAUUCGGGGUCAGAGCACUCAGAUCAUUUGGUACAAAGUCAUCAAGAAGCCAAAGAGUCCUAUCAAAAUCGUAUACAACAGGACAUUGGAAAACUCCACAAUUCCUUGGGUGACAUGGAACAUUUGCAGAGAAUACAAAGAGAAUUUCUGUUGCAAAUUUUGGAAGGUUGUUGUGCUUUGAAGUCCCAUCUUGAAAAUGAACUCUCAAAUCAGUCGCAGUCCAUGCAAAUCGAUAAUAUGAGGGAAACUUUGAAAAUGUUAAAAAUCCACAUGGAAAUGAUGCCGGAAAACAAUCCCCAGGAUUUCCUCAAGCUUAGCUCGGUGGUCAAUGAGGAGAAACAGAAAUUCUAUGCCAAGCAUAAGGAAAUGCUACGUCAAUACCAACUCAGUGAGGUGAUCAGCACCAAUGAGCGUCUUUUGGAUUUUGCCACCAUGCAACAGAUUCUACAAAAGCUUGAACAUAGAGUGGAUGCUGGCACCAGCGUGCUGGGUAAUAUGAAGCAGCAUACGCAUCAUCAAUCCAUGCCCAAUAAUCCCAUGCUGCAUUUGACCAAUUAUUGCAUUUUUCAUCUGUAUGUUCGCUACACCAAACAAAAGCAACAGUUUUUCGAGAACCAGUUGUGGCGCUAUCAGCAAUACCAACAGCAGAUUAUAGCGAAUUUUAAAAACCAUCAUACCAAUAAUACGACGACAACAACAACACCGCCAACGUCGGCGUCAAUGCAUACGACUACUGCGACGCCAUCCUUGUAUAAUAAUUCACCAGGUUCCGCCAAUGGUCACCUAAGUCAUGCUGCCAAUAUCAAUACUACGCACACUAAUAUCAACGUAAAUUCGAAUACUACCACCAACAGCAACACUACCACCUAUGAACAGUUACAAUUCAAACGCAAGACCUAUGCUGAAAUUGCCAACAGCAAUGGCUCCAAAUCGUUCGAUUCCAAUCAGGAUGCUUUCGAUUUGUUCAAUGGCCCAUUGACAGUGUCCCAGUACAAACAGCUGGAGGAGGUGGGCAAGUGUAUCGAUAUGCUCCUACUAAAUCCUAUUAGCAAUGACAAUAAUCACAUUUACUUUUUUGACUUUGAGCGCAAUGGGGAGUUUUUGGGGCGUGUACUCAUCAAGGUCUAUGCCAGUUAUGCUCCCAAAAUGUCCUACAACUUCCAUGCUCUAUGCACCCAUGAGAAGGGAGUGGGCUAUCGCGGCUGCAAAGUCUUCAAGUGUUAUCCCAAUCAAAGCAUUAUUACCGGCGACAUAGAACAAAAUAAUGGCUAUGGCAGUCGUUCCAUAUUUGAGGAUCCCCAAUUUGUACCGGACGAUACAAAGAUACCGCCGUUCAUAGGGGCUGUGGGUAUGCGUAGAGCUAAAAAGAUAUACGAUUCGCAGUGCUUGGUGGGUUCACAAUUUCGCAUAAUUCUAAAGGUAAGACCUUUUAGUGCCAUAUUUGGUAGGGUUAUAGAUGGUUUAGAAGUAGUGUGGAAUAUCUCCCAAACUCAAAUACAAAGCGAAAAGAAUAGCUCUGCUGGGAAUGCAGGAGGAGGAGGUGUGGGGGUAAUAGGGGGAGGCGGGCCUAAUAGUAUCAAUGUGGCUCAGUGUGGUGUUUAUGAGUUUGUUAAGAGGAAUCUAACAGGAGCUUUGUAAAUUAAGCUUUGUCUGUUCAUAUAUGUAUAUAACAACAACGAUCCAAAGGAGCAACUCUAUUAAUUUCUUGUCUAACUACGAUUAAAUAGUAAAAUAAUUAUUGAGUGGAUAACAAUAUGAUAUGGCUCUUAAGUUUUGAAAUUUUAAAUAAAAUUUGUAAAAGCCAGAUAAAAAAAAAAUUAAAAACUAAAAUGCUUAAAAAAAUAAUUAAAUAUAAAAUCAUUAAACAAAUUGAACAUUAAUAAAAAACUAUAACGUUCAAAAUUGUAAUUCAAGAUUUGAAUUCCAUUUAUUCAAAUAAUUUUCAAUGGUAAUUACCACUUAACUACCAACUACAUUCAACAAUAACCCAAUGUGCUUGACUACACCUACGUUGCCGUUCCUAUUUCGAUACCACUCGUAUCAAUUUUGGUACCAUUCGUACAUAUAUUGGUACAAUUUUAAGUUAUUUUUGUACUUUUUCGUACCUUUGUCAGUAUCUUUAUGUACUCACUUCAGUACCAUUUCGUAAAAGUUUUCGCAUCAUUUUGAACAUAUUUUUAUGCCUUUUCGCAGCUAUUUGGUUAGAAAAGGAAGAAUUUUAAAACAUGUAUUAUCCUACUUCAAUAUUUGGAGUAAAAUUUAACGUACCAAACUUGACCCUUAAUUGGGACCAAUGUCUUCAGCUCCACAUUCAUUCAUCGUCAUUCUAUUCGUACCCUAUGUUUAUACUACACGUACACAGGUUAAUGCAAUUUCGUGUCAUAUCGUGUAUAUUUUGGCUAAUAUGUUUGCAACUUUUUAUUGAAGGUACAAUUUUACGUACUCAUUUUGACCUCU